AUGGUGUUGGAUAACAAGUUCCACCAACUAUCCAAGCCUGACUUACUACCCCUUGAGGAUCCUUUCAAUGGCCGAUUUUACGUUCUGAACAAAUCAGAGAUCGAAGAUAAUGAAUGGAUUCUUCUCUAUUUAGAACUUGCUGUUGCCACAUCUUUCAGGAACCAUACCAAACAUGGUCUAACCAGUUUGAAGAUUCUGAAAGUAGCUAUGGAAAUUCCACCAAGCCUGGUGGAGCCUUUUAAUAAGGGACUUGACGCCUAUGAUGCAAUUUUCUACAUUAGCUACAAGGACUUUUGCAAGGCUCGGGUUGGUAAGGAUGUCGAUCGCAUUGCUAUAGUCAGAAGAUUAUUGGAUCCGCAAUUGAAAAUCUUAAGACUCGGCGGUCGUACUCAGAGCUCACAAACCAUCAAACCAUCAAAUACCAUGGAAGCUGGCUCCUCCUCGUCGAUGGAUCUAGACUAAU